AUGAGAAAAGCUUUAUUUGUUGCGGAAAAAAAUGAUGUAGCUAAAGGAGUCGCCUCAAUUUUAUCAAAUGGAACAUCGAAUCGAAAAGAAGGUCGGAGUAUAUUCAACAAGAUUUACACUCUCAACACUGAGCUCUUUGGACAGAGAACAGCAGUUUCUGUAACAAGUGUCUCAGGACAUAUGAUGAAUUUCCAGUUUCAUGAAAAUAUGUCAAAUUGGCAAACUACUUCAAUGGUUGAACUUUUUGAGGCACCGGUACGACAUGUCGUCAUGCCAGAUAUGAAACUAAUUGAGCAGACUUUGAGAGAAGAAGCACAGAGACAUGAUUUACUAGUUGUUUGGACGGAUUGCGAUCGAGAGGGAGAAGCUAUUGGAGCGGAAAUUGUGAAAGUGUGUAGAGAAAGUAACAGACGAAUUGAUAUUUUCAGAGCCAGAUUCUCAGAAAUCACGAAAACUGCAAUCACACGUGCUGCUCAAAAUCUGAUCAGACUUGAUGAGAGAACUGUUGCUGCAGUUGAUUGUCGAAGCGAGUUGGAUCUAAGAAUUGGAUCUGCAUUCACAAGGCUUCAAACAUUGCAUCUUCGAAAUCGUUUUAGAGAUUUAUUGGGGCAAAAUGAAAAUUCAAAAGUUAUCAGUUAUGGUUCGUGUCAAUUCCCAACUCUUGGAUUCGUCACUGACCGCUAUAAAUUAAUAGAAAAUUUCAUUUCUGAACCAUUUUGGAAACUAUCCGUUGAACACUCACGAGAAGGUCAUAAAGUUGAAUUCCUUUGGGAUCGAAAUCGUCUUUUCGAUCGAGAAGUUGUCGAUAUUCUUCAUGAUGAAUGUAAAGAAGCAAAAGAAGCCCACGUGGAAAAAGUAACAAAAAAGCCAAAAAGUAAAUGGAGACCCCAAGGAUUGGAUACUGUUGAACUCGAAAAACUGGGAAUUUCAAAAUUGAGAAUAAGCCAACUACAUGGGGAUGAUUGGAAAGUCUACGAACUUGUCGUUCGUCAUUUUCUUGCUUGCGUUUCUCAAGAUGCUCAAGGAGAAGAAACCAUGGUCAAUUUGAGUAUUGGUUCAGAGAAGUUUCAUUCUUCCGGACUCCGUAUUAGAGAUAUGGGAUAUUUGAAAGUAUACAUUUACGAGAAAUGGGGAAAUCGUUUACUGCCCACAUACACUCAAGAUGAAAGAUUCAGUGACUAUCAACUCAAAAUUGGGGAUGGAAAAACACAACCACCAGAUUUGUUGACUGAAGCCGACUUGAUUGCCCUGAUGGAUAAAUUUGGUAUUGGAACUGAUGCUACUCAUGCUGAACACAUUGAGAAAAUCAAAUCACGUGAAUAUAUCGGUGUGAAACCCGAUGGAAAGUUAAUUCCAUCUUUUCUUGGUCUCGCGCUUGUUGAUGGUUAUGAUGAUAUGGGAUUCGCAAUGAGUAAACCAGAUUUACGUGCGAAUUUGGAAAUCCAAUUGAACGAGAUUUGUAAUGGACGACGACAAAAACAAGAUGUUCUUAAUGAACAAAUUGGAAAAUACAAAACCAUUUUCGUAGAAUCCGAAAGAAAUAUUGAAGUUCUCUCACAAAGUUUGCAACGGUAUCUGAACAAAAACCAACAAAUCGGUGGUGGUGGUGGUGGAAACGGAGGUGGAGGUGGUCCACCGAGAGGACCAGGAGGAGGCGGAGGUGGAGGUGGGUCGAAGGGGCCCCCAAAACCACCACCAAAACCACGUGGCAGACCGCCCAACAAGUCGGUCACGCCUACAAAGGAUGAUGAUCAAGAAAAUGAUACGAUUACUACUCUAAGUGAAGUGUUAAGUAAUCUCAAAAAUCCCAAACCAGCUCGCAAAUCCAGAGCGAAAAAGAGUGUUCCGAAAGCAGAUGCAUCGAAGAAGGGACAGGAAAACGAGUUUGAAGAGGAAGAAGAAGUUAUGUGUACUUGUGCAGAACCUAUGAAAGCUAUCAUAAAAGUUGUUCAAAAAGAGGGACCAAACAAAGGAAAGAAGUUUUAUACAUGCUCUCUACCGUAUACAUCGUCGGACAAAUGUAAUUUCUUCAAAUGGGUAUAA